GUGCACAGAAAGACAGCAGAGCACUGAUCAUUUCUCACAGCUUUCUCAUGUCAUGAAAAUGAAGACUUUCUUGGUAUUUUUCCUCAUGCUGCUACCAUGUUAUCUUUGCAGGGCACAAAAACACAGCAGAAAUAACGAUGCCUUGCUGCAAGCUCCUUAUGUUGAGAGUGAGGAGGAGAUGGCUGUGACACAGAAGCCCGGGACUGAGACUGAGGGAGGCAAAGAGGAGCUGGAGCUUCACUCAGAUAUCUGGGCUGAGCUGAGGAAUCUGAGAGACAUGGUGGUGGAGCAAAAAGUAGAGCUGAGGCACCUGACGACCAGAGUAGCAGCUGCAGAGAGCCAGGUGGAGGCCUUACAGAAGGAGCAUAUAGCCAUGGAGGUCAGGAUGGUCAUUGCUGAGAGACUGGCAAAGGAACUGCAGAUGGAGAAUGAUGUUCAAGCUACAGAACUAGCAGCCACUCAGGAGAAGCUCCUCACUCUGCAGCAAAAACUGACUGUCAGUGAAGGCCGUGUGGAAGAGCUGGAGAAACAGCAGGAAGGGCAAAAGGCCACAGUGCAGGAGCUUCAAAAUGCCCUUCAAGUGAGCAAAGUGGCGUUUUCUGCGUCCCUUCUGGACUCUGGUGAAGGUAACACAAGUGGAAGUUUUGUUCCACUCAUCUACAGAAAUGUCUUUACCAACAUUGGAAACCACUACAACCCAAACACAGGUUACUUCACUGCACCAGUAAGAGGAGCAUAUUAUUUCAGAUUUACUGGGCAUGUAGCAAACAUUGACAGUACAAUGUUUUUGAGACUUGUUAAGAAUGGACAAAGCAUGGUUAUCAUAGGGGACCGUCCCACCACAUCCACAGACGCUGAGGACAAUGCAUCCAAUGGUGUUGUGUUGCAGUUAGAAGUUGCAGAUGUUGUUUCAGUAGAACUCAAUGGAGAUGUCUGGGAUGACCACCUAUUUCAGAUUUACUGGGCAUGUAGCAAACAUUGA